AUGUGUUUAACUGUGCUUAUAUUUUGCAUGGGCAUUCAUGCCAUAAGCUCUGAUGAGGAGCUGAAGGAUGCAAUAAGGGCAACUAUAAAAGAGGAAGUUACCAAAGAGAUGCAUGAUACUGUGAGUAGGAUUACAAAUGAUAUGAGGGAAGAUCUAGAAAAACGGAUAGAUUACCUUAUAUCUGGUAAGGAAGCCGAGGAGGAGAUUGCAAUUGAGACACCGGUACAAGAUACAGAAGAGGAAGGGGAAGAAACGUCUGCUGUCUUUAUUUCGAAGAAAGUUGGCGAAGGUUUAGGGAUUGGAGUUAUAUCUAUAUUGAUUGUAUAUCUGGUUAGAAAGAUUUUUGAAUACUAUCGAAGGCUAAAGGAUUGCUCUGAAUUAGAUGAAGACCAUAGCAAUUUAUAA